AAUUUUCAACAAAUCCAGUGUUUACCGAAUUAUUGUUAUCGACUAAUUCUUACACAUUCGUUGAAUUUAAAUCUUCGUAUUUUGAACCUAAAAAAGCGCCAUAUAGAUUCUCUCAACGUUGCAUCGGUAGAUGUCUCACGUGAUUUUUAAUAAUGAAAGACAUUGUUGCUAUAUAUAUUUUGUCGUUUGCCAGAGUCUGAAUACUGAGAAAUUCCGCAAAAGGCAAAACCAUAUCGCGUUAUCCGGCAUCGAAAAUUUAACGUCAUAUUCAGAGUAAAGUGUUCUUAAUGGCAUUACCUCGAUUACAGGCAACUCUACACGGUGCAGAACUGCCAGGUAAUCUUGAUCAUUCAAUGGUAGAAGUUAAUGAAGAAAAAAAUAGGCCUUCUUAUGCACAGCUGCGAAGAAUAGAAGUACGUGGUGUGCUCAAUAGGGAUCGUACGGCGUUAGCAGCAGCAUUGGCCAUGCAAAAUGAAGAUUUGACAGACGAAAAUGCUUCGCUGCGUGAAAAGGUUCGAAAAAUGAAAGAUGCCUUAGCGAACUCGAAGCUGGAGACAGCUGAUAUGUCCGAGCAAUUUGGUGAACUGGCAAAAAGUUGGAAGGAAAUGAUGAGGCAGAUGAAAUCGGAUCACGAUGAAAGUAGAAAUGAAUACGAAAUAAGAAUAGAAGCGUUAGAAAAAGCAAAUGAAAGGCUGAUGAUGGAAAACGCGGAAAUGAAAAGAGUCAUUGCAAACUUCGAAAGACUCCAGACAGAGCUCAAGGAGGCGAACGAUAAGCUGAUCAGAGACAACGAAGAGACGAAGAAGAUUGUCGCCGACCUGAGAGAAAAGCAUCUGCAAUCCGAAGAAGAAAGAGUUAAAUUAUUGGUUGGUCAAAUUGCGUUCAAGUUGGAAUCGCUUGUAUCAAAAUAUGUCUUUCCUGGCACCGAUAGGGCAAGUAAGAGGGCUCGGUAUAAUUUGCAACUGAAAACGUUGCAAGGGAAGAUAGAAAAAAUGAGAGAUGAAGAAGGUGUCAAAGAGCAAGCAACCGCACGACUAAGUGAUCUUGAUAAGGAAAUGUUUGAAAGUUGGUUUUUGGAUAUGGUGGACGACCUGACGCAAAGUCGAUUGUACCUGGCGCAUCCAGAGCUUGGAAGUUACCAAGAGAUGGAAAACGCCAUUAAUGAUUACUGUGAGGAUGGAGAAGAACGCGAGGAUAAAUUGAAAGCAUUGAAGCAUCUUCAAACCAUGUACGGAAAGCUGAAACUACCUUUUGGCCAAUAGGCCAAUAGAUUUAUGUUUAAUUCUUUAAUAAUGCAUGUAUGCAUAAGCUAACUUCAUACUAUGAUGCACCAAAUUUUGCAACGUAAUUGUUAAUUUGAUGAUUGGAAUAACUUACGUCAACUAGGCUAUAUAUACAUUUAUCAAGCAGUGCGAUUGACUGAACUGACAGAAAAUGAAAAGCUUGAAAGUUCCUAAGAAAUCGACUGCUGUUUUGCGAAUUUAAAAGAUCUUCUAAAUUACAUGGAAUUGUAUUUCAGGGAUCGUGGGAGCAUGGACAUUAAGUAAUCCGGACGUAUUAGACGUUUUUAUUGACUCUCCGUUCAAAUUGCUCAAUUUAUUGUAUUUAUAUGUGCACCGCUGCGGAUUUAGAUUUCGUAUUUCAUUUAACUUAAUUUUCAUUUCAUUUAAAUUUAUUAAAUCACGGUAGACUAUCAAUAUACAUUGUUUUUCAUAGAGCCGUGAGCGUGAGCUUAUAUGUACAUGUAGCAUUUACAAAUGAUAUAGCUAAAAAAAUUAAUUACUUAUUCCAGACCUUUGCGCCUUUGUAACUAAAACUCUUUAUCGUAGCAAUUGCGUUAGGUUUUGAAAGCCUCAUACGCUUACUUCGUAGAUUAGAAUUUUCAUUAUUUCAUAUUUCAAAUAAAUCAGAACUUACUUCAGGACUCCCCCCUUUAAUAAUUUUACUCAUGUAACCUUACUUUGUUUACUCAUGUAAUUUAGACCAUCGUCUUACUUCUAAGGUUUUCCAUCCUAAAUUUUCAAGUAGCUACUUGUUUUGACCGGAUCUCAUAAAUAUUUUCCGACGGUUAUGAUUCUUGCUGCCCUGUUUUGAAGUUUCUGCAAAUUCGUUUUAAACAUUAGCGAACAAUUGGUUAUUGUUCCAUGCAAGGCAAGAAUAAUCAAAAUAAUCAAGAUUUGGAGUGUAUCUAAUCGAACAAAUGAUUUGCAUAAUCUUUGUGCUCCUAUUCCUUUCCAGGUUUUUCGCUAGACCAUAUAACCAUAUAAAAACAAUUAGCGAAAAAGCCUGGAAAGGAAUGAGAUGGUACAUGCAUGGCUUUUUUCAGGCCUUCUGUAAGCCAAGGUGCAUAUUCACUUCUAACUCUCCCAGGCAUUAAAUAUUAUAAUAUUCAGCCUGCUAGUAGUUUAGGGAAAUCUAGUUAAAAAACUAUUUCGGAAAAUCAAGGUGUCAAACUAAGGUGUGCAUGUAUUUAAUUAUAUACUGUGGAAAAAAGACAAAAUGCUGAUUUAGAGGGAACAAAAUGGUUUAUUUAUAUCUUUCUCGGGCUGUUUGGAUUAAUAAAUUGCCAAAAACAGUUCGGAAUUAGGGACGAAGCUAGUCGAAGCUUAAUUCAAGUGCUAUUGCAGAACAUCUCACUACAUGUGAACAUGGCAAACACAUUCCUGAUUUGCAUGUAUAUAUAAAUGGGGGUAAUCUCGGAAG